AUGUCUCAAGCCGGCAAAGAUGGCACUUUCCAUCCCGUUCCUGAGGCUCAAGCCCAGAAUCUCCCAGGAACCGAGAAGGCUAUGAACCCCACCAGCGAAUCUACAAAGCUAGAAGGCAAGAAUGAAUUCCACGAGUAUCGCGGUGCCAACAAGCUCGAGAAUGCCAAAACUUUCAUCACCGGCGGAGACUCUGGAAUCGGCCGCGCAGUUGCUGUCCUUUUCGCCCGCGAAGGCGCAGACGUGACAAUCGUUUACCUCCCGGAGGAGCAGGAAGACGCCGAAGACACCAAGCGAAUGGUCGAGAAGGAAGGUCGCAAGUGUCUCUUGGUUCCCGGCAAUCUCAUGGACAAUGACACGUGCAAGAACGCUGUUCAGAAGCAUGUUGAUGAGUACGGGAAGAUUGACGUACUGGUCAACAACGCUGCCAAGCAGAUCAUGUGCGAGGACUUCAAGGAUAUCGAUUUGGAGAAUGUUGAGAGUACUUUCCGAAGCAACAUCCUUCAGAUCUUUGCUAUAACCAAAUAUGCUCUUCAUCAUAUGGAGGCUGGUGGCUCCAUCAUCAACUCAACUUCCGUCGUUGCAUUCCGCGGCACCGCUGCCAUGAUCGACUACGCUUCCACAAAGGGCGCCAUCGUGGCAUUCACACGAUCACUAUCCAAGCAGCUCGUCAAGAAGGGUAUCAGGGUCAACGCUGUUGCUCCCGGACCGGUACACACGCCUCUUCAGCCAGCGUCUCGGCCAGCUGAUCAGAUGGAGGGAUUCGGAAAACAGUCUCAGUUGGGCCGUGUCGGACAACCCAGUGAAAUCGCGACGAGCUUUGUGUUCCUGGCUUCCAAGGAUGCUACGCUCUUCCACGGACAGAUUCUUCACGCGUAUCCUCUUGGAGACUAG